AGGGGAGGGGGGCCCCACCAUGGAGGAGGGCUUCCGGGACCGCGCGGCUUUCAUCCGUGGAGCCAAAGACAUCGCCAAGGAGGUCAAGAAGCACGCGGCCAAGAAGGUGGUGAAGGGCCUGGAUAGGGUCCAGGACGAGUAUUCCCGCCGCUCCUACUCCCGCUUUGAGGAGGAAGAGGACGACGACGACUUCCCUGCCCCCGCGGACGGCUACUACAGGGGAGAAGGAGCCCAGGAUGAGGAGGAGGGCGGAGCCUCCAGCGACGCCACCGAGGGCCACGAUGAGGAUGAUGAGAUCUACGAGGGCGAGUACCAGGGCAUCCCCCGGGCAGAGUCCGGCGGCAAAGGCGAGCGGCUGGCGGACGGGGCCCCGCUGGCUGGAGGGAGGGGAGGCCUGAGUGACGGGGCCGGCCCCCCUGCGGGCCGAGGGGAGGCCCAGCGGCGCAAAGAGCGAGAGGAGCUCGCCCAGCAGUAUGAAGCCAUCCUGCGGGAGUGUGGCCACGGCCGCUUCCAGUGGACCCUCUAUUUCGUGCUCGGACUGGCGCUGAUGGCUGACGGCGUGGAGAUCUUUGUGGUGGGCUUCGUGCUGCCCAGUGCUGAGAAGGACAUGUGCCUGUCUGACUCCAACAAGGGCAUGCUGGGCCUCAUUGUCUACCUGGGCAUGAUGGUGGGAGCCUUCUUCUGGGGUGGCCUGGCGGAUCGGCUGGGCCGUAGACAGUGUCUGCUCAUCUCGCUCUCGGUCAACAGCGUCUUUGCCUUCUUCUCAUCUUUUGUCCAGGGUUAUGGCACUUUCCUCUUCUGCCGCCUGCUUUCCGGGGUUGGGAUUGGAGGGUCCAUUCCCAUCGUCUUCUCCUACUUCUCUGAGUUUCUGGCGCAGGAGAAGCGAGGGGAGCAUCUGAGCUGGCUGUGCAUGUUCUGGAUGAUCGGUGGCGUGUACGCAGCUGCCAUGGCCUGGGCCAUCAUCCCCCACUAUGGGUGGAGUUUUCAGAUGGGCUCCGCGUACCAGUUCCACAGCUGGAGGGUUUUUGUCCUCGUCUGCGCCUUUCCGUCCGUGUUUGCCAUCGGGGCUCUGACCACACAGCCCGAGAGCCCGCGCUUCUUCCUGGAGAACGGGAAGCAUGAUGAGGCCUGGAUGGUGCUGAAGCAGGUCCAUGACACCAACAUGCGAGCCAAGGGGCAUCCGGAGCGCGUGUUCUCGGUCACCCACAUUAAGACGAUUCAUCAGGAAGAUGAGCUGAUUGAAAUCCAGUCAGACACAGGGACCUGGUAUCAGCGCUGGGGAGUCCGAGCCUUGAGCCUGGGGGGACAGGUUUGGGGGAAUUUCCUCUCGUGUUUUGGUCCGGAGUAUCGACGCAUCACCCUGAUGAUGAUGGGUGUGUGGUUCACCAUGUCAUUCAGCUACUAUGGACUGACUGUCUGGUUUCCGGACAUGAUCCGCCAUCUCCAGGCUGUGGACUAUGCAGCCCGCACCAAGGUGUUCCCCGGGGAGCGCGUCGAGCAUGUGACCUUCAACUUCACCCUGGAGAAUCAGAUCCACCGAGGGGGCCAGUACUUCAACGACAAGUUCAUCGGGUUGCGUCUGAAGUCAGUGUCCUUUGAGGAUUCCCUGUUCGAGGAGUGUUACUUUGAGGAUGUCACAUCCACUAACACGUUCUUUCGCAACUGCACAUUCAUCAACACCGUGUUCUAUAACACUGACCUGUUUGAGUACAAGUUUGUGAACAGCCGUCUGGUGAACAGCACAUUCCUGCACAACAAGGAGGGCUGCCCGCUCGAUGUGACGGGGACCGGCGAAGGCGCCUACAUGGUGUAUUUUGUCAGCUUCCUGGGGUCGCUGGCUGUGCUCCCCGGGAAUAUUGUGUCUGCCCUGCUCAUGGACAAGAUUGGCAGGCUGCGGAUGCUCGCUGGCUCCAGUGUGAUGUCCUGUGUCUCCUGCUUCUUCCUGUCUUUUGGGAACAGCGAGUCAGCCAUGAUUGCUCUGCUCUGCCUUUUUGGUGGGGUCAGCAUUGCAUCCUGGAAUGCACUGGAUGUGCUGACAGUCGAACUCUAUCCCUCGGACAAAAGGACCACAGCCUUCGGCUUCCUGAACGCUCUGUGCAAGCUGGCAGCUGUGCUGGGCAUCAGCAUCUUCACAUCCUUUGUGGGCAUCACCAAGGCUGCCCCCAUCCUCUUUGCCUCAGCUGCCCUUGCCCUCGGCAGCUCUCUGGCUCUGAAGCUGCCCGAGACCCGGGGGCAGGUGCUGCAGUGAGGGGGGCUCGGGAGCUUUCAGGGGUGGCAGGCACACUGUGAGCCCAACUCUGUCUUCCCAUCCCUGCCCUGCCAACCUGGCCCCCUGCCUCCUUCACGCUCUCCCUUCCCACGCCCCUGUGUUUGGUGUCUUAGCUGUGUGUGCGCGUGUGCAUGUGUGCGACCCCCAUGGGGAGGGACGACAGGGAAGGCUCCUUCAUCCUGAUUUUGGGGUGAAGCUCUACCUACCCCCUAGCCCCGUCACCCUGGACUUUGCACAAAAGGAGGCUGAGCCCCGCCUUCUCCCUCCAGUGUUAGUGAGGGUCCCUGCUUCCCUGCUCUGGGGGUUCUGGGAUGGGCCUCCUGCCUUCCCCUCCUUCCCUCUGCCUAGGCCCUGGGGAAGCCACAAGUAUGCAGUGCUGUUGGGGGCUCGGGCUUGGGUGUAGACCAUGGACCAAAAGAACUUAGAGUUGGAAGGGCCUUGGGUGGCCUCUCACUCCUCCAGUUGGAUGCUGGGGAGUAGCAAUAAACCUCAGCCCUCCUGGCCUCCACUUCCUCCCUCAAUUUGGGCUACAAAUAUGAAGCCCAAGUUUUAUGGAGUUAGCUGAUUAUUUAUUUAUAUAUUCAGUUCUGAGGCAGCUCAGCAGGACUGUGUGUGCGCGUGUGUGUAUGUGAAUGGGUGUGCUCUUGUGUAUGUGUGUGCUAUGGGCAAGGGUGUCACUAUGCUGUCCUCAAAUUAUAAGCCAAGGGUCAUUGCAGCAGACACACACACACACAUAAUGCUGCCUCCCACAGUACCUCCCCUGACGUGGGGUCUCUGUCCAGCCUGGGAGGGAGGCGUGCUGGGCCCUGCCGAGCUAAGAGUCCUACCAUCUAGGGCCAUG